GUUUGCGUGGUGUGUCGGUUGAGCAACCGAACCUAACUUAACUUCAGAUGGGCCGCCUCGGUCCGCAGCCUCAGACUGGCAUUCCAACGCAUUCAAAUGACGCGGCCGGACGCUAAAGUUUCGUCCGGCCACGGCGGAAGGCCAUUAAGAAUCUCUGGAAUGAAUGGACCGCGUUGCCCAGCGCGAUAAUUAAGAAAUAUCGAGAGGACUUAAAAUUUCAAAUCUCACCGCGUGCCCCGAAAUUCGAACGGAACGAACUCUCGUUUACGUCCAUUCUUUCUUAUCCUCUUAAAACCUUAUUUUAUCGAAUCCGUGCAAUUUUUUAUCCCCCCCCCCUCCCCCUCGAAAAUUAUUCAAAAUGGCCGAUUACACAUUCAAUCAACUCGUAGAGCUUCAAUGGCAACGUAAUAUUUCUCCGCUACGUAACGUCCGACACGUAAAACGGGAACUCGACUUGGCAACAUUGGAUCAUGAUACGGGUUAUCAUUUCCCCGUUAUAUAUACUCGCGCACCAAAGGGUUUAGCUCUCGUCUCAGUAAUCUACAGGCCGCAACUACUUCCUGCCGCUUCGCAUUCCCACCAAUGUCAGUUCCCGUCUCUUUGUCCUUUGCUCUUUUCCAGAUUCCUCUUCCCUUCGCCACGUGGGGUCCCAUGCGAAUUAUCACUCCCGUCGGUCCGGCAUUCCCGUUGGCGCAUCUUCCAAAGUCCCGCCCGUUUAUUACAUCUCUCCGGUACCAAGAAACUACGAAGCCCUGGCCGUUGCGCGAUCUAUUUCGAAAAUAGCCACGUUGACUCAUUGUCAGCGACGAUUGUCCGGCGUUUUUAUAAUUUCAUCGGGCCGGCCAAAAAGGAACACUUUUUCAUCGUUCUUCGGAUCGCGCGGUACAAUUUUCAUCCCGAAACUCUACCUGAAAUUAAUCGAUCCACCAGAGUCACGAGGAUCAAUCUUGCUGCUUGAUUAGUGCCAGCCAGUAGACACUCCUGCAGGAUACCUUGUUAACGAGGUAGCUGGAUGCUGUCGCCUGCCAGUCGACAGCCGCUGGACCA